AUGGCUCUGCUCAUCUCCCCGCAUCUGCCCGGGACCGGUGCUGCUGCUGCUGCCUGGCUCCUGCUGGCGCUCAUUCUGACAGGUGAUGCGGCCGCACCGGGUUUUGACAGCUACGGAUUAUCCUACGCCCUGAGGUCUGAGCUUUCUGAAGACACGAUAUUGGUUGCCAAUAACGGGAUCCGCGUGCCUUUCGGGAGAUCCGUUUUUAUUGAUCCGAUUAACGAUUUGGUCAUCCAAGUUCAGCCCGGUGACAGAUGCAGCUUAACAGUUUUGGACAACGACCCUUUGUCCCAAACGCCCGGACACCUGUAUCCGAAAAAGUUUCCCUGUGAAUUCGGCCCCAACGACGUGAAGUAUUCUCACUUCGGCUCCAGGAGUCCGCCGAGGGACCGGGUGAGGUUACAGCUCAGGUAUGACACCCAAACGGACACAAUAAUAAUCCCUUUCAUGAUGGAGGUGGAAGUCAUUUUUACGCAGCUGGAGCUGCUCACCAAAAACAUGCCACUCACUGUGGACAGACUGCUCGGCUCAAGUAACCCCAUUGACGGCAGAGUGUUGGAAUUCACGUUUGAUAGAAGCGCACAGCAGUGCAAAAUCGCCUCCCUCUCCAGUGGCAGCGUGCUCCCCAGGUACGGCAAACUUAUGGACGAGGACCGCCUCGCCACGAUGGUGGACUGCGAUGCUUUUAUCCAAAUGAACAUCCGUUAUCAACACACUUUUACUCUGAAGUCUCCCAACAGGGAUUACAUCCCCAUGCUGGUGGAGUUGCAUGACAAAGAGGGGAAUCUGCUCAAGCAGGAAUUCUUCCAGAUUUUGGUGAGAAUAAAAGAGGGAGAGGACAACACGCCUCCCAAACCCAGCUUUGUUGCCAUGAUGAUGAUGGAAGUGGACCAGUUCGUGAUGACAGCAAUAACCACCGACAUGCUGGCUGCAGAGGAUGUGGAGUCUAAUCCUGAUGAAUUAAUUUUCAACAUCACCUCCCCUCUGUCCUUUGAGGAGGGCUACAUAGUCAGCACCGAUGACAGGAAUUUACCAAUCACCUCCUUUUACCAAGGAGACCUCAAAGAUUUGAAAAUUGCAUAUAAACCUCCUGCUGUGGAUUCAGACACUGAGCGGAUUUUCCAGAUUGAGUUUGAGGUUGUGGACCCAGAGGGGGUCGUGUCAGACCCUUUUGCUUUCAUGAUUGUUGUUAAGCCGAUGAACACCUUAGCCCCUGUGGUCACAAGGAAUACUGGACAGCUGCUGUACGAAGGUCAGUCCAGACCUCUGUCCAGUUCACAGAAUCUGGAAAUCAGUGAUGAGGAUAAUUUAGAAAAAGUCACUAUUACUGUUAUUGAUGGACUGAGGCAUGGCGAGUUAACUGUUUUGGGCUCAAGGAGGAAAUUCUUCACCCCUGCUGACCUCGAUGCUGGAGUGGUCAUCUAUCAGCAUGAUGGUAGUGACACAUACAGUGAUAACAUUAUUUUCAAAAUGACCGAUGGCACAAAUGAAGUAGAGUUCCUGUUUCCGAUCACCGUUGUGCCAACUGAUGACGAGCCUCCCAUUAUCAAUGCUAACAUGGGUUUGGUGAUAUUCAAAAACCAAAUGAUGCCAAUCUCUUCACUUAUACUCAGCGCGGCCGACAUUGACUCAGAAGAUUCCACCAUAAAAUUCACCAUUGAGCAUCCGUUUUCCAUACUUGGCCAGGUGAUGUUACGCCAGUCUGAGGCGCCAGAGGACCCGUCAACCUGGAAGUUCAACACAGAGGAUGAAAUGUAUGAGAAAGUCGUGACUGAGUGGCUGCAGCAGGAUAUUACUGAUGGAAAACUGUUCUACAGGCACAUAGGGCCCCACAGCACUAACAUAAUUUUGGAUCAGUUUUUUUUUAGAGUGCAAGAUGACAAUGACCCCCCAAAUCAGUCAGACCAGACCUCAUUUAUCAUCAAAAUUAUCCCUGUUGAUGACCUCCCACCUGAACUUUACCCCGAAACAACCUUACAAAUGACUGUACACGAGUAUCACCUUACCCACUUCCGGAAAAAAUUCCUCCGUUACACAGAUCUAGACUCAGAGGAUCGGGAUCUCAAAUACACAAUCAUCCAACCACCCACAGACACAGAUGAGAAUAGUCCUAUUGUUUUUGGAGCGCUGGUAUUGACUGAAAAUCCAAACAUUGAAGUCACAACCUUCACCCAGGCUCAAAUUAACCACCACAAAAUAGCUUACAAACCACCAGACCUGGAACUCGGAAUUACUCCUCGUGUUUUACAGUUUAGGUUCACUGUGGAGGAUAUGUCUGAAAACAGUGUGGAGGGAAUUUUUACGAUUCAUUUAAAGCCUGUGGACAACAAACCACCUCAAAUAAAAAACUCUGGCUUUACCGUGCUUGAACGGGGAAGGCAUGUCCUCACUGGAGCUGAGUUGGAUGCCUCAGACACAGACACAGACAGCAACAAAAUAACCUUCACUGUUACACAGCCUCCACUGCACGGGCAGAUCCUGCUCUCAUUCACUUACAUGACCAAAGGACAUAUAUUCACCAUUGAAGAUAUUCAAAAAGGGAUUAUUUCAUACAUCCAUAAUGGAGAUGAAUCAACUUUGGAUUCCAUACAGAUAGAUGUUAGUGAUGGGGUGCACAUUGUGCCUAUAACCAUAAAGAUUACAGUGAAGCCAAUUGAUGACGAGGCGCCAACUAUCAGCCUCCCUGCUGGUACAAUAGGCUCCUACAUAGACGUGCUGGAAAAUGGAGCUACAGAAAUCACAAGUAAUGUCAUUCAGGGAAGAGAUGAGGACACCGAUGACCUCCGUUUAACUUUUAUUGUCGAGGACAAGCCAUCAUUGGGGGAAAUCCUGGUGAAAGGAGUUCCAUCUGGCACGUUCACUCAAGCCGAUAUCAUUAACGGCUUUGUAGUCUAUGUUCAUACCAGUGGAGAAAUUGGCUUGAUCCCAAAGGUGGACUAUUUCAAUCUGACUCUGACGGAUAUGUCCGACGAGUGGACCGUUGGAGGAAAUAAAAUCACAGGUGUGAGAGUGCACGUCACUAUUCUCCCCCUGGACAGCCAGGCUCCGGAGGUCUUUGUGGGGGAACAGUUCACUGUUACUGAGGGGGAGAAAAACGUCAUUCAGAUCCUUCAUAUAAGCGCCAGUGAUGGGGACACCCGCGUCGAUGACCUCCUUUGUACAAUUAUCGUACAGCCAACUUCGGGGUAUGUGGAGAAUAUCUCUCCUGCCCCUGGUUCAGAAAAAUCGAGGUCCGGAACAGCUAUUAGUGCUUUCACUAUUAAGGACAUCAGACAGAAUCACAUUUACUAUGUUCAAAGCAUUCACAAAGGAGUUGAGCCGGUGGAGGACAGGUUUACCCUCAGAUGCUCUGAUGGCAUCAAUUUCUCUGAAAGGCACUUUUUUCCCAUCUCCAUAAUCCCCUCUAAUGAUGAAAGGCCCGAGAUCUACAUGAGAGAGUUUGUCGUUAUGGAGGGCAUGAACAUCAUCAUUGACACUCCCAUUCUGAACGGGGCCGAUGCAGAUCUCCCUUCUGAUCAGCUCACAUUCUUCAUCACCAAACCCCCCAGGCACGGAUUUAUUCUCAAUCAGAUCACCGCUGGCACUUUCCCUCUGUCUAACUUCACCUUGGAUCAGAUCAGGGAGGCCUCCACUAUUGUGUAUGAGCACGAUGGCUCUGAAACCACAGAGGACAGCUUUGACAUUCUCCUCACAGACGGAAAGUUCAAUGUAGAGAAAACGGUAGUAGUCAUGAUUAUCCCAGUGGACGAUGAAACCCCGAGGAUGGCCAUCAACAACGGCCUUGAGAUAGAGAUAGGUGAGGUUAAAGUCGUCGACAAUAAUGUUUUAAAAGCUACUGAUCUGGACUCUGAAGACAGCAUGCUGACUUAUAUUAUUAAAUAUGGACCUGGUCAGGGCUUUUUGCAGAGAACAACCCCUUCUGGGACGUUACAAAAUAUCACAGUUGGGAUGAAUUUUACACAGAGUGAAGUAGAUCAGGAUUUGAUUGUUUACAUCCAUAAUGGUCAAGAGGGAAUCCGUGACCUCUUUAAAUUUGAUGUGACAGAUGGCAUCAACCCUUUGAUUGACAGAUAUUUCUACAUUACAAUUGGUGGCAUUGACAUGGUUUUCCCAGAUGUGGUCAGUAAAGGGGUGUCCCUUAAAGAGGGUGGAAGGGUGACCUUAACAACGGACCUUCUCAGGACGACUGACCUCAACAGCCCAGAUGAACACUUGGUUUUCACAAUCACUCGCGCUCCGAUAAGAGGACACCUGGAAUGCACAGAUACACCCGGCAUGCCCAUCUCGUCCUUUACACAGCUCCAGCUGGCCGGCAACAAAAUAUUUUACAUACACACUGCUGAUGAUGAGGUGAAAAUGGAUAGCUUCGAAUUUGAAGUAACUGAUGGCUACAAUCCCGUGUUCCGCACCUUCCGCAUCUCCAUCACUGAUGUUGACAACAAAAAGCCCGUAGUGACCAUCCACAGCCUGGUGGUGACAGAGGGGGAGAAUAAACUCAUCACGCCUUUUGAGCUAACAGUCGAGGACAGAGACACUGCGGACCGACUUUUAAAAUUCACAGUUACUCAGAUCCCAGUUCAUGGACGCCUGCUGUUUAACAACACCCGGCCCGUUACCUCCUUCACAAAGCAGGACCUGAAUGAGAACCUGAUCAGCUACAGACACGACGGCACAGAGAGUCCGGAGGACAGCUUUUCCUUCACUGUGACUGAUGGCACCCACACAGAUUUCUACGUCUUCCCUGACACUGUGUUUGAGACUCGAAAACCCCAAGUGAUGAAGAUCGCUGUUCUCUCUGUGGAUAACGGGGUGCCUCAGAUUAUAGUGAACAAAGGUGCUCCAACCCUGCGUGUUCUGGAAACGGGUCACCUGGGGUUCGUGAUCACCGGUAAGAGCCUGAAAGCGGAGGAUCGAGACAGCAGCCAGCUCUCUGUAAGCUUCAGGAUAACAGUAGCCCCAGAACACGGUUACAUGAUUAACCUGGGCAGAGGAAAUGCCACCAUCACCAGCUUCACACAGGCUGAGAUUAAUGAUAUGAAAAUAUGCUAUGUUCUGAGGGACGGUGACAAUGCCACAAGUGACAUCUUUCAUUUCACUAUUGAGGAUAAUGGUGGAAAUAAACUUAGAAACCAACAGUUCAGACUGAACUGGGCUUGGAUUUUUCUGGAAAAGGAAUACUAUGUGGUGGAUGAGGAGGUGAAGUUCCUGGAGGUGGUACUCAAACGCCGCGGCUUCCUGGGGGAAACUUCGUUUGUCAGUAUCGGCACAAAGGAUGGCACUGCGAAAAAGGACAAAGAUUUCCGCGGGAAGUCUCAGAAACAGGUGCAGUUCAACCCAGGCCAGACCACCGCCACCUGGAGGGUCAGGAUACUGUCAGACGGAGAAUAUGAGGUGUCAGAGACAUUCCAAAUUGUUCUGUCUGAGCCGGUAAUGGCGGCUCUUGAGUUCCCUGAGGUGGCGACUGUGGAGAUCUUGGACCCCGGUGAUGAGUCAACAGUGUUUAUACCCUCGGCUGUGUACAACAUAGAGGAGGACAUCGGUGAGCUGCUUAUCCCUGUGCGCAGGAGUGGAGAUGUCAGCCAGGAGCUCAUGGUCAUCUGCUACACACAGCAAGAUUCAGCCACAGGCACUGUCCCCACCACAGUGCUGUCCUACUCUGAUUAUAUCUCCAGGCCCGAGGACCACCACAGCCUCCUGCGCUUUGACAAGGGGGAAACAGAGAAACCCUGCCGGGUUGUGAUCAUCGAUGACUCCCUGUAUGAAGAUGAAGAAAGCUUCAAUGUCACCCUCAGCAUGCCCAUGGGGGGCCGCCUGGGCUUAGAGUUUCCAACAGCCAGAAUCGUAAUCAUUCCAGAUAUGGAUGACGAACCCGUUUUCUACUUUGGCAACACCGAAUACCAUGUGGAUGAAAGCGAUGGCGUUUUGGAGGUGCAGGUGUGGAGGACAGGGACUGAUCUUUCCAAAGGGGGAACCGUCACAGUGCGCUCCAAAAAGACGGAUCCUGUCUCAGCCGAGGCCGGCCUGGAUUAUGUGGGGAUCAGCCGGAAUCUGGACUUUGCACCGGGGGUCACCAUGCAGACGUUCCGCGUAACAAUCCUGGACGAUCUUGGUCAGCCGGUUCUGGAAGGACCAGAGAGGUUCGAACUGGUGCUGCGAAUGCCUAUGAAUGGGAUCCUUGGAGAGCCAAGCAAGACCACCAUCUUUAUUAAUGACUCAGUCUCUGACUGUGAGUAA